UCGAAAGCAUUUCGCUGAAUACGGAUAUCGGGGGAGUAGGAGUGCGGAUCUCUUAUUACAUGCAGACUUUGAUCCUUGGGUUCCUCGUCUUGCGCUCGGAGGAUCCUAAUCAAGUCAAGGGGUCGAUGGAAACAUUAAUGUUCACGAACGUCGCCAUAGCGUUUACUGGGCUCGGGCUGGGAAUGCAUGAGCCUGCGCAGAUGGGCCUGCAAGACGUUCAACAAAUUCCCCCAUGGAAACUGCUUACACUCAAGAUCCUAUUUGGCAAAACCACCAAGCCACGGCUCCGCAAGCCAUCGUGCCGUGUCACAGAGGAGGAGGAAAGGCUCAUGGAGGAACUUGCUAAUGAAUUGGAGGAUGCGAUUCCUGAUGAUGGUGCCAUUGAAAUUGACUCGUCAGACAAGUUCCAGCUCUAA